AACGUGGGCGUGGCUGCGGGCUCAAGGGGCGGGGCGGCUGAAGGAGCGCGCUGCCAUGCAGGCCCACGGGGACCGCGCCGCGGCGCCCCAAGUGUCUAUUAUCCUCCCGGUCUACAACGCUGAACUGUGGCUGGACGAGUGCUUGGAGUCUGUUUUGCAACAGGACUUUGAAGGCUCCAUGGAGCUCUCGGUUUUUAAUGAUGCUAGUAAGGACAAGUCUAUGACUAUCAUUGAGAAAUGGAAAGUGAAACUGGAAAACUCUGGUGUCCGCGUGGUCAUUGGAGGACAUGAUUCUCCUUCACCCCGAGGAGUCGGAUAUUCUAAAAACCAAGCAAUAGCACAGAGCUCGGGGUCUUACCUUUGCUUUUUGGAUUCGGAUGACGUCAUGAUGCCUCAGAGGGUGAGAUUGCAACUGGAAGCUGCUGCCCAACACCCGACAAGUAUUGUAGGUUGCCAGGUGAGGAGAGACCCUCCCAACUCCACUGAGCGAUACACAAGGUGGAUCAACCAGCUAGCGCCAGACCAGCUUCUCACUCAGGUCUUUACCUCCAAUGGCCCAACUGUGAUCAUGCCCACCUGGUUCUGCUCUCGAGCAUGGUUCUCCUACGUGGGCCCAUUUGACGAAGGCGGGCAGGGUGAGCCGGAGGACCUGUUGUUCUUCUACAGCCACCUCAGAAAGGGCGGCGGGGUCAUCCGCGUGGACCAGAGCCUCCUCCUCUACCGCUACCACCCCAACGCGGCCACACACUCUGUCCUCGAGACCACCAUCUGGACCCAUCGCGUGCGCUUUCUGGAAGAGCGGGCGCUGCCGCACUGGGCCACCUUCACCAUCUGGAACGCAGGCAGGCAAGGCCGCCGGCUCUAUCGCAGCCUGACAGCCGGGAUGCAGCGCAAGGUGGUUGCUUUCUGUGACGUGGACGAGAACAAGAUCAGGAAAGGCUUCUAUUGCCAUGAAGACUCUCAGGAAAGGCCGAAGCCUCGGGUUCCGAUCCUGCACUUCCGAGCUGCACGGCCGCCCUUCGUCAUCUGCGUGAAGCUGGACCUCACCGGGGGCGCAUUUGAGGACAACCUGCGGUCGCUACACCUGCAGGAGGGCCGGGACUUCCUUCACUUCAGCUGAGGGCCUGGACAGCUGCCUCCAGAGGGUCUGACGGGACACCGUCAGGGGAGCACACAAGGUGAACGUUCCCACAUGGUGCCUCGGCCCAGGCAAGGAAACCACUCCCGCUGAAGGACGCAGCAAAAGCACCUGCCGCUCGGCCCCCGUCCCCGUGCACGCCGGAGAGGGCAGCUGGCUCCCCCGCCCUGACCCCGUCGGUCUUGGCGCGGGGCCCCGACCCCAGCGCGGCCACGGCCUUCGCCUCCGGUGCGGGCAGCAGCUCCCGCGUCCAGCCCGCAGACGAGGCGCAGCCCCGCGAAGCGCCGUGCACACCAGCCUCCCUGAGGGGCCUGGGCUCUGGGGAAGACACACCUGGCCAAGGUGAGCGGUGCACCGUAGUGCUUCCCCACAUCACCGGAGAACCCGAGAUCCGAGGACACACGCCCACAGGGCUGUUCGCUGGGUUCCUGACUCCCGACUCGAGACUCUGCUGUGGGGGCGCAGCCAGGCUCAGGCAGGAUGCUUGGAUUGCCCACAACCGUGUGAGGGUAGGUGACCACAUGCAACGCCCACAAGCACCGGGCACGAUGGGGUGAGGCAGAGGCAAGGUUGGGUGCCCACCCCUUGGCCGUUUCUCUGGCCCCUCUAGGGUUGCUUGGGGCCACCCUCUGCCCCCCAGGCCCGCGCAUCAGCAUCACACACAGAGACACAGAACUGCUCAGAACAUGAUUUUAUAGACGGGGUUCCCGUGGACGUGAAGGCAAAAGCACCAACAUCCCAGGGCACGUGUGAGGAAAAGCCACCGCCGCCGUGGUGACGAACUUCAAGUCCCUUUGCGCCGUGUCCAGCUGUCCCGUGCUGUCAUCAGGCUCCUCCCCGCUGCCAGGCGGGCAGGGGGCCUCAGCGGGUGCCAGACUGUUGGGGACACGGCACAGGGUCAGACCGCCAGCACCACCCCCUCUGGGCCCCCAUUUCCCCAGGACCCUGAGGCCGACAUAACCCCAAGGCAGCGGGCAGAGGAUCCCUGUACUUUUCCACAAACGUCAUCCACUGUGUGUGAAAUUUUCCUAAUAAAAGCAUAUUUACUUGGGAAGCUGGCACUGCGCUUGGCCAGCUGACUGCACCCCUCACGGAGCCCCCUGGUGCCCAACAGAAGAGUGGGCAGGGCCACCACACGGUGUGGCACCGGAGCAGAUGCAGGAAAUAACAAUGUGAUUCCAAGCCUGAAGGAGGAGAGACUGGAAAGCUGACAGGACACGGCGAGGAGAGGGGUCCCGCCUGGUGCCGCCCUCCCGCUCACUGCGUGCUCUCGCGGCCCCUGCUAGCAGAGUAGCAGCCGUACAAGUGGGGGCUGUGAAGCGAUAAACCCUUCAAAUCCAAGUGAGGCCAAGAGAAAGAAACAGAUCAAGCCAUAACCAAAGGUCAUAGAUGUAAACCCAAACCCAUAACCACACGUUAAAUACAAGGGGACAAAACUCCAAUUAAGAUACUCAACUGGAUUAAAUACAGAGAAGACCUAA